AUGGAGAAGCACCAGUUCACCUUUCAACAUCCGUACGGCAUGUCUGAGCCGCAGACAGAUCACGAAGAAGAACAUAAGGAGCCCGCGCCAAAGCCGCGCGGCGCCAGAGCAUGCAUGUCAUGUAGACGUGUCAAGAUGAAAUGUGUCGGUGGCGACGACUCCAUCGGCAAAAAGUGUGAUCGUUGCGAGCGCAAUGGCUCCGACUGCGUAUUUGAGCAACAUCGUCGGGGGCGCAAACCUGGUGCUGGGCUCUCCGAAUCCUCCAAGAUGCUCCGACGCCUGGAAAAAGGGCUCCCCAAUGCGAAAAGUCAGCUGCCGCAACCCGAUACCUCUCCUCAGGUGUCAGGAGCUGUUCUUGGCAAGCGGUCUCGUGAAGAGCUCAAAGGAACGGAUGGCGAUAAAGAAUACAUCGAUGAAGAGGGGACCGACACCCAACGGAAGGCGUCAUACUUCAAGACCAUCCUGAAUCCGACCGAGGAGGGUUCGUGCCAGCUACCGGGGCCGUCGGCCUUGCUGCGGUUGGCUCCUCCUACAGAAUUACCGGACCCGAUCUCAGCAGGGUUGCUGGACGAGGCGACGGCGGAAACGGUGCUGGCGCAGCUCUUCGCGCGGCUGAACCCAUUCAUCGCCCUCUUCGACCCGGUGCUGCACACGCUCCCCUUCCUGCGAGCACGUUCCCCGUUCCUGCUCUCCGCGCUUCUCGCGGCAGGGUGCAAGUUUUUCCGGCCGGGCGCACACGCAGCCGCAGCGGAGCUCGCACACGCGCACGCCGUGCGCGCCUUCGCGGAAGGCGCGGCGGGCGUCGAGGUCGCGCAGGCGUUCGUCGCGCUCACGUACUGGCACGAGCCCGCGGAUGGGCGCGCGUGGGCGUACAUCGGCUAUGCGUGCCGCAUGGCGGUCGAGCUCGGGCUGAACCGCCCGCCGGCCCCGCCCCCGCACCGCGAGACGGAGCGCGAGGCGCGCGAGAGGCGGAACAGGGGCCGGACGUACCUCGUGCUGUUCGUGCUGGACCGCUCGCUGAGCAUCCAGACGGGGCGCCAGUGGAUGCUCCCCGAGGGCGAGUUCGUGCGCCGCGCGGGCGCGUGGCUCGACGAGACGCUGUUGCCGGUGACGAGGGAGGACGUGAUCGUCGCGGCGUGCGUGGAGCUGCGGCGGAUCUCGGGCGAUACGGCGGAUGCGCUGAUGAUGGACCAGGAUGCGCGCGGCGGGCGGGUCGACUGUGACAUCCUCCUGCGGGAUAGCAACGAGCGGCUGAACCACUGGGCGAAGCAUUGGCGGGGUCGGAUGUCUUUGGCGGGUGGCGAGCCGUUCCAGUUUGCGUUCCUCAGGUUUUUCCAGCUCCAUGUGCGGCUGUUCCUCAAUAGCUUCGGCGUGCAGACCGCCCUGCGCUCGUCCAGUCCUGCGCGCCCGAAUAUGCAGGCGCUCGAUGCGUGCUAUAGUAGCGCGUUGGAGACGCUGGAGAUUGUAAGCAAAGACUUUGCCCAGAUGAGAGUGCUUCCUUAUGCUCAGGAUAACGUCACGGUCAUGAUGACAUACUCUGCGAUCUUCCUGCUUGAGCUUCUCCGGAGCCCGAACACGUCCAGGGAGCUGGAGGAAGGCGCGGCGGGCAAGGUCCAUGCGCUGAUUGCUGAGACCGCUCAGGCGUAUAGCGAUGCUGCAGAGUUCAUGCCGACGUCUGCGUCUGCGGCGCACCAAGCACAAUUCUUGCGCCGGUUGCUUCUGGAACAUGGGCAGCGGGAUGAUACUUUGCGGGCGGAGCAGCGGAAGCGCCAAUGCGAGGAGUUCAAUGUGCCAGCCCAUAACUCUACUACUCCGUAUCCGCAAGAGUACGGCGCAUAUCGGUGGCAAGAGCGCGAUGAAGUGGACGGCCGCGAGAUGCGAUCGCCCUACCCCGUGCGCGCUCCCCCUCCCGAGACAUCGGCCUAUCGUCUACCUGCCCGCCGUUCAGUCUCUCCGUACCGUCGAAGCGUGGAGCGCAGCGCGUCGUCUCUCCCGUGCACCCCCGGCCCCUCGUCCUACUACGCACGCUGCUGCACCCCAAAAUACGCAGCCUACCCGCGCGACAUGUACGAGCACACCGCUCUCCCGCCCCCGUGCCCGCGCCGCUGUCCCUCCGACUACGCGCCCCGCGACAUCCGCGCCGCGUCGCCGCGACCGCCGCGCCUGCCCGCCCCGCAGUACCCGACGCCGUCGCCGGAUCCGCCCGUGCCUGCGCGUAGGCCCACGCCGGAGGCGACGGAGCGCGACGUGCGGUAUUGGCGGAGUAUGUUUCGCGAGCUUGGGUUUGGGGAGGGCGAGGAUGUUGAGGGCCCGUAUUGCGUGCGCGGGCGGGCGAGGGAGGGGAGGGAGGUCGGACGGGUUGGGAGUCGGGGCUCGUCGCGCUGA